AUGUUAAGGUUGCUCAGAAUUCUGAGAGAUUUCUGCACAUGCUACAGGAAAAAGGUUGUUGUGGGGGGUGAGAGAGGGACAGGGAGGACGUGGAGAGACACGGGGACAGCAGAACCGCAGGUGACACAGAGGCAUAGCACGAAACCCACAUUGGUUCUAGACCUUGACAAUACCCUAGUCUAUUCGACCUUUAGGAUGCCAAAGCUCUACGACUUCUGUGUGGAGAUUCCAAGAAGUAGGAACAUACUGAUAUAUGUGAAGGCCAGGCCGUAUGCUGCAGAGUUUAUUAGUGCUGCCGAAGCACUGUAUGAAGUGGUCAUCUUCACAUCUGCGAAAAGGGAGUAUGCCAAGAAAGUUGUUGACAGGAUUGACACGAAUAAGAACAUAAGCCGCAUUCUGUAUAGGGAGUCGUGCACGUUUACAAACGGGAGGUAUGUCAAGGACUUGCGCAAGGUCGGAAGAUCCCUGGACAGAGUAAUUCUGAUUGACGACAACCCUUACUCAUAUGAACUCCAGCCCCGGAAUGGAAUCCACAUUCCUCCAUACACGGGGGCAGAGGAUGACGACUCCCUUCUUAAGAUCCUAAGGUUUCUGGAGGGACUCCCCAAGGACGACCUACUUGGAGGUACAUGGCAGGCGCCCUUUAGAAAUAGUCCAAUGACUGGAUUUGGAACAUUGUGA